AUGGAUCUUCCAUUUGGUAACCCGAUGAACAUUGUGACGACAACUCCAUCACCAGGAUAUAUCAUGACACCCUCUCCAUAUUUCACUAGAACACCAUCGCCAACGAGUCGAGGCAAUGUCGCAUACCAGCCAUUUUUCGGUCAGGUCCAGGGCCCUUCCUUCUUCGAAGAAGCCAUAGGAGGCUCUCCCCUCCCUCAAGAAAUGGCUUUUGGCAUUGUGCAAGCACCAGCCCACUACAACACAGCACCAAUUGUAUCCAAUGACUUUCCACCUUCAUUAGCUGUGAUGCCCGGUAAUGAGGCUGAACACAAGCCUUCUCGUCGGCCCCGAUCUCGAAAGCAGUCCCAGCUGAGUAUAAGCACCUCGGACGAAACAAAUGGCCUAGCCGCUGUACCAGGAUCACCGAAGCAGAAGAAACGUGGUCGCAAGCCUAAAGGAGCCCCCAAGGAAUCAAGUAAAGCUCGUCAGCAAAUAGAGCUUGACGAAGAGGACCUCCCCAGAGACCCACGACGUCGACGCAUUCUAGAGCGCAACAGAAUAGCUGCCACCAAAUGUCGCCUUAGAAAACGAGACGAAGCUUCUGCCCUUGCUUCUCAGGAACAAGCCAUGGAAGACCAAAACAGAUAUCUAUCCUCGUGUUUUGACUCGCUUACUGCUGAAAUCUAUCACCUCAAGACACAGCUAUUGCAACACACGGACUGCAACUGCGUCCUUAUUCAGAAAUAUAUCUCCAACGAAGCUAAGAAGACGGUUGACGGCCUUGUCGCCUGCCCUUCCACGCUCCAGCCUGAUGAUGACUCCAUGAGUCCAUAUCGGCGAGGCUCAUGCCAUAGCGGUGCCAGUCCUACAGACUCACUGGGUGUGCCUACCCCGGAAUUUGAAGGAGUAUCCCCAACCUGGCCUCAGCCCUUCCACUCUGGUCAUGCUUCUCCGCCAGAGGUGGCAGAGGACAUGUUUGAUAUGGCAGGGGAUCUUUAUAGCAAGGCAUCGAUCCAUAUGCAUGGCCAAUCACUUGCCAGCAUGCCACCGCUUCAUCAUCACGAACCCGAGGUAUUUGCAGGCAUGGGAACCCAACCCCAGCGCUUUGACGGAGUUAACUGGAACCCUUCCUGGGGAUUCUGA